AUGGUGUCCAAGAAGCUCAAGGCGCUCUACAAGAUCCUCGAGCACCUAGACCCCCACCUUUGGCUGUCUCUCGACACNCCCUACUGCGACGAUCUAAAGCGCCCUGACCAUGACAUUGUCGAGCUCAAGGCGUCUGAAGAUGUCGGCCGCUUCAUCAAGGCCGGCGAGGACAUGACCGAAGCUCAGAGACACGAGGCCGGCAUNACCAACGAGCACCUACCCCGGCCUAGCGCCUACAACCCGGUCAGAACCCUUGGUGAUCAGAGGAAGCUGCUGAUGUCGGACUUCGUUCGCAAGCCCGAGGGCCCCAGAUGUCAGAAGUGGGACGAGUGCAUGUAUGGAGAGCUCAAAAGCCAGGCUUCCGUCGUUCAUUCGAUCAUCGAGGACUUUUGUUCGGUUUUGCACCGUCCAAUCCCCGCUCCAGGCAAUUGA